CCCUGUUGUUUUCUGGGGCUACCACAAGGGCAUGCGGGGGCAGUGGGUGCACACAUGGCCAGCAGCUCCAACUCCUCCAGCUCCCCAGGGUGGGGAGAGUGAUAUGUCUGAGAGUGGUUUGAUGAAGGCCGGGGUCUUGAGCACACCCAAGAUUCUGCUCCUGUAAGUCCAGGGUAUGGCUGGGAAGCACAGCCUGUGUGGCUGGGGCAGAAGGAAAUGAAUCCGAAAGCUUCCCUGAGGGUCGCUGUUUGGAGUCUGGGACCCGCACUGUGCAGGUGCCUUCGGGGCCCAGCGGCCACUCCCCUCUGAUGGAAGCAGAGGUGGGGGCUUGGGGUCUUCCUCAGGGGACUGAUGGGCGAGCCUGGAUUGCAGAGGCUCCCAGGAAGAGCAGGAGGCCAAGGGAAGGGAUUCAGGCUCCCAAAUGCCAGCCCGGUCAUUUCUCCUUUGGGGAAGCCGGAGCUGGCCACCACCCCACGCUGACUCAGGCCCCCAACGUGGGGAGGUGGCUACCUGGGAUAGGAGGCCACAGCGGGACUGGGGGUCUCACUCCAGCUCGCUGCUCCCCAGGAUCCUCCUUGGAGUCAGAGCACAUGAGGUUCUGAAGGAGCCACAGACACGGCCCCCUCUGGAUGGGCCACCUGCCCUCUUCCCUGCGCACCCCCAGAGCCUCAUCCCCAGGCAUAUUUCUCUGCGGCUCCCAGCCGACCACCCUCCUCCCCUGCCUGGUCUGUGUCUGGGGAGGGACGCUGCCUGGGUGAGCAGCCCUCGCCCACCUGGCCGUAUUCUGUGUGAGGGGUGCACUAUGCCGGCUCACACUGCCCAAUGCAUGCUGAGACGGGGGCUGUGGGCGGGCUGCUCCCGUAGGCGCCUCCCUCCUGAGCCCUGUGGCCACGCUGCCUCACCAUCCACGGUGACCCCACCCACUGCUUACUCCAGCCCUAACGUGCACUCCGGGCUCUCUGAACCUCAGCCUGGGGUACGGGGAUUGCACCCACACACUGUCCCCCCACUAAGCCACACCAGCUACCCCCUUAUUUUUUUUGACAAGGUCUCCCUACAUUGCCCAGGCUGGCCUGGAACUCACAAUCCUCCUGCCUCGGUCUCCCGAGGAGCUGGGACUACAGGCCUGUGUCACCAGGACCUGUGGUCACAGGAGUCUGAAGGGGAAUCUCAGGCCGGGGGAGGCGACCUCAGGCUCACCGUGGAGUCAAUAACCCCCACCCCCAUGCUGACUCGAGAGCCCAGCCCUGUGCAACCUCGGCCUGAGCUGACCCUGGACACCAGCAGAGUACGCCGCUCUCCAGCCGGCGGGGGCCCUUUCCGGAACUCGGACCCGGCUCUUCUCAAGAGGACCAUCUAGGGCAAGGGGCCUCAGUGCGGGAACAGACACUACACUCGGCCAGCACCGCCUCUGACACAAGCCCAUGCCCCUUCUGGUUAUGGACUGACGGCGGGGCUCCAGGCAGGUGAUUUCCCGAGUCCCCAGAGCAAGUGGUGGGGUUGUGGCAGGGCAUCAGGGGCACACAGGCCCUGUGUGCUCUUUCCAAUUCCCCCCUGCACAGAGAGCAGGGCCGUGGGGAGAGGGAGCCCAUGUCUGUCCUCUCAGCCUUCAAGAGAAAUCACUGUCCCGGGUGAGAUCCCCAAAGACCUUUUUAGGGCAGCUGACUCGUGCUACUUUUUCCUAUGUCCCCUGCAGUGCAGCCAGCGCCUCUGUCUAGUCCAGAACAUCCUUGUCACCCACAAGGGACCUGGCAUCUCCCCUGCGCCCACCACUACUGCUGUUUCCUGCCUUGGUCCGACUUGCCCUGGGCUCUUUGUGGAAACAAAACCGCAGCGUGUGGCCUUCUGGCUGCUCUGGCUCAGUGUCCCUGCUGCGGCGUAUGCUGGCCCUGUCUCCUCCGCCUGCCUGAGCAUCACUCCUUGCUGGUGAUGGGCACUGGAUGGCACUGACAUUGGGGUACCGGAGUCUGCACGGCCUGUUGUGUCUCUCAGGCAGGUGCUGAGGAGCAGGCCCAGCCAUCUCCACCCAAAGCCAGAGGCCAGGAGGCCAGGCCGACAGCUCCCCACAGAAGGGACAGAGCCCAAAGCAGCACGGGCUCCUCUGUCCCAUCUUCCCAAAAUUCACCUGUGCCGACUUUACCAAUGCUCAAAACCAGGCCCUGUCACUUCCUGGGCCUUGGCUUCCCCUUUUGAAGCUUGAGCUUGUUCCUGUACAGGUCUCAGGUGAGAGCCACGCUGGGGUGAAGCAGUGCCGAGGUUCACUGACCCAAGACUCCCCCAGCCUCGCCCGAGGGGACUUAAACUGGGCCUGCAAGAAGGCCCGGGAUCUCAGCAGGCCCCAGGCUGAGGGUCCACAGGAGCAGGGCAGAGCGGCAGCCUCUGAGGCUUGAGUGCAGCCCCUGGGACUGGGCAGGAUGGCCGCAGUACCGGCCAGGUGUGGCGGCCUCCUCGUGACUCUGGAUGGUGAGGCCUCCCAAGCUCUGGGGAGGAGGAGACACUCGAGACCCUAGGUCCAGAGCUCCCCAGCCGAGCAGGCUGAGAUCCACUGGGCACCAGGACCUUAAUGAGAUACAGGAUGCAUACAGGCCCGGGGCUACUGAGCACUGGGGGACUGAGGCUGAGGGUGGGGGCCCGGCCUCCAUGGAACCCCAGGCAGCUCUGUGCCCUGAGAUGUCUUCUCCACAGCUUCACAAAACUCCAGCACCCCAGGGGCCCCAGUGUACUCAACCAGCGGCUGCACCUCCUCAUGGAAGGUUGCUGACCCUUUGUGCUCCCACCCAGGCCAGGAGCAGCCUCAGCCUGGGGCCACCGGCACCAGCAGGGAGGGGACUCAGCUCCAGGGGCAUGGGGUGGGGUGGGGUGGUGCAGGGGGAGGAUGAGUCAGGACACGCAGGCUCGGACCACAGGCCAGUGUCCCGGCUGACAGAGACGGACCCUCUGCGAGGGUGGGGACAGCACC